ACUGAUUGCGUCCUCCACCCCCCACCUCUCUCUCUCUCUCUCUCUCUCUCUCUCCCUGUCAUUUCCUCUCCUCUUUCUCCAAGUGCUGCAGCGGAGCUGCUUACUGCAUCGCGGGGGAGGAAGUAUAGACCCGAAAGAAAAGGGGGAGAAAGCUCUUCUUCCGUGGUGGGAUAUCGUGGGGAAUACCGGGUGAGAGGACGCGCGCGCUCUGCUGGAUCCCCCCCGCGGCUUUGCUUUUUUUCUUUUUUCUUUUCACCCCUUUCACCGCGUGCAUCUCUGGCUCUUUUGGAUGGAUCCGACCCUCACCUCGGGUUCAAGUAAAGAGGACGUCGAACUUUACGUUCUAAACUGACGUAGCACUGUCUUUUGCUUCAAAUUUGAGUCGUUUAAACCGCAGUAAAAAUGGAGAACACAUACAGAGAGAGACCUUCUCUCACCCGUGGCGCUCGUGAUAUCGCCAAAGAAGCCAAACGGCAUGCGGUCAAGAAAGUCAAUAAAGCCAUAGACCGUGCGACGGAUGAGUACUCGGGCCGCACGUAUCACCGUUUUGAAAACGACGACGAAGACGACGGCGGAGACAACGACCUCUACUGCUACCAGGAUGGACAGGCGAAGCAACACGACGACGACGAAGGAUCCAGCGACGCCACCGAAGGCCAUGACGACGAAGAUGAGAUCUACGAGGGAGAGUACCAGGGUGUGCCUGGCGCCGGGGACGGACAGGUGGCACUGGGCCGGCCGGUAUCAGAUGGGGCGAAGGACAGGAAAGAGCUGGAGAAAGAGCGAGAGGCGGAGGAGGAGGAGCUAGCGCAGCAGUAUGAGCUUAUCAUCCAGGAGUGCGGACACGGGCGCUUCCAGUGGCAGCUCUUCUUCGUGCUGGGGUUGGCGCUCAUGUCUGACGGUGUGGAGGUUUUCGUUGUCGGGUUCGUGUUGCCCAGCGCCGAGACGGACAUGUGUGUGCCCAACUCAGGAGCAGGGUGGCUGGGUAGUAUUGUGUACCUGGGGAUGAUGGUGGGAGCAUUUUUCUGGGGCGGUUUGUCAGAUAAAGUGGGCCGGAGGCAGUGUUUGCUGGUGUGCAUGUCCGUGAACGGCUUCUUCGCCUUCCUGUCCUCGUUCGUGCAGGGCUACAGCACGUUCCUCUUCUGCAGGAUGCUCUCGGGAUUUGGGAUCGGCGGUGCCGUGCCCAUCGUGUUCUCGUACUUCGCCGAGUUCCUGGCGAGGGAGAAGCGCGGUGAGCACCUGAGCUGGCUCUGCAUGUUCUGGAUGAUAGGCGGCAUCUACGCUUCAGCCAUGGCCUGGGCCAUCAUCCCACACUACGGCUGGAGUUUCAGCAUGGGUUCCGCGUAUCAGUUCCACAGUUGGAGAGUGUUCGUGGUCGUCUGCGCACUACCAUGUGUCUGCGCAGUCGUCUCUCUUACCUUCAUGCCAGAAAGCCCACGCUACUUCCUAGAGACGGGGAAACACGAUGAGGCGUGGAUGGUGCUGAAACAGAUCCAUGACACCAACAUGCGUGCUCGAGGAGAGCCAGAGAAAGUUUUUACUGUUAACCGUAUAAAGAUCCCUAAGCAGUUGGACGAGUUCGUUGAGAUGCAGUCAGAGUCGGCGAACCCUGCCGCUAAAGUCCUCUUCCGAAUCCGGAGUGAACUCCGUGGAAUUUGGCUAACGUUCCUAAGGUGCUGGGAUUACCCUGUGAAAGACAACACGGUGAAGCUGGCUAUAGUGUGGUUCUCUCUGUCUUUCGGGUACUACGGUCUUUCGGUGUGGUUUCCUGACGUCAUAAAGCAUCUUCAAGCGGACGAGUAUGCGGCGAGGGUGAAGCUCCACAACAACGAGCGCAUCGAAGACUUCACCUUCAACUUUACGCUGGAGAACCAGGUGCACUCCAACGGGUCCUUCAUCAACGACAGGUUCAUCAGUAUGAAAUUUAAAUCGGUCACCUUUAAAGAUUCCAUCUUCCAGAACUGCUUCUUCGAGGACGUCACUUCAAUCGGGACAUUCUUCAAAAAUUGCACCAUCCUGGACACGUUCUUCUACAAUACAGAUAUCGACGACUCGAAACUUAUCGGCUCGUCAGUGAUCAACAGCACGUUUGCGCACAAUAAGACAGGCUGCCAGGUCACAUUCGAUGAUGACUACAGCGCGUACUGGGUGUACUUUAUCAACUUCUUAGGGACUCUGGCUGUGUUGCCGGGCAACAUAGUCUCCGCCCUUCUGAUGGACAAAGUCGGGCGGUUGAGCAUGCUGGGCGGCUCGAUGGUUCUGUCUGGUAUUAGUUGUUUCUUCCUGUGGUUUGGCACCAGCGAGUCGAUGAUGAUUGCCAUGCUCUGCCUCUAUAACGGGCUCAGCAUAUCCGCCUGGAACUCUCUGGAUGUAGUCACAGCCGAGCUGUAUCCCACCGACAGGAGGGGUACAGGAUUCGGGUUCUGUAAUGCCAUGUGUAAGCUAGCGGCCGUGUUGGGGAACCUAAUCUUCGGCUCGUUGGUGGGCAUCACUAAAGUCAUUCCCAUCCUCCUGGCAUCGGGCGUGCUGGUGGCCGGCGGUCUCGUGGGACUACGACUCCCAGACACGCGUUCCAACGUCCUCAUGUGACCCCCGACCUCUGACCCCUCCCCUCCAACCAGAGAGUUGCCACAGAAACAAGAAGGACACUCCGGGUUGGGGCAGCUGCAACAGGCUACAACAUCGUCUGAUUGUUUAAUGAGUUGUAUGCUCAGUGUUAGAUUGUUAAUAUAUUUAUUUAUUUAAAGCUGCAGUAUGUAACAUUUGCAGAUUUUGGGGAUUUGGAGACCCCUCUGCUGGAAACAUUUUACUGCAGGUAUGUCGGAGAAAAACAUUUGAUGAUAACACUGUUACGAUGCCUACUGUAAUUCUGGCUUCACAACAAUGCCACUGAUAGCAGCUGAACCUUCUUUCGUGCCUAAUAUAUUGGCGUCUAUCUGCGAUGAUGUAUAAAUCUAAAAAAAACCCAACAAAAAAAACAAACAACAGCUCGGACCUCCCAAAAUUGCACAGUUUUAGAGUUUCUUGUUCUCUUCUGUCUCAAUAACCUUCAACCGAACCUUUCAUUUUGAGCAAAAAGUUACUUACUGCAGCUUUAAUCUGAAGUCAUAUUUAUUGAUAUUUAUUGAAGUUAAAAUCCUGUUUAAAAGAUUAAAAGCCCAAUCUUGAGCAGUGACUGCAAAACAAAUGCCUUAGCUGAACUAUCAUAAAUCAUACAGUGCCAAAAGCAGAAGCUAAGUCAAAAGAUGAAAAUAUUAGUCCGUGCAUUUUUAUAACGGAGACGUGUGAUCUUGCCUGGGCUUUUGUCGUUUAACCGUGCUGAAAUCUUCUUGUUUUUUUUAUUGUUAUUUUAUGAUGGACGAUGUUAAAACCUUUACACCGAGUGGAUCCGAGGCCAUAGAAAAUAACAGCAGCUUCUCAUAUUAGCGUAGGCUGACCUCUGCUAGGAAAAAAAGCAGAAAAGAAAAGAAAUUCCCUGUUUUCUAUUUUAAAGCAGAAGACAUUUUAAAGCAGCGAUAAGGCUUUAGUCUUUGUUCUUUGUCUUUGUGAACCGUGUCGUUAAUCUAGGCUUAUUCGCAAGGGCUUUGCUUUGUAGUACUUGUACUUUAUUUAUUUUGUGGUGUGUCUGUCUUUCUGUCGCUCUGUUUGUUUUCUCCUCUAAUCCGAAUCUGCAUGUACUGUACGUCCAAGCGUGUGUAUGUGUGACGGCCCUCGCUACGCUGCUACUCUGUAGUGUUUCUCGGUCAUGCUGCUGUGCGUUCAGUCUCCUCUAAUCACGGAAUGGCCUUUUUUCUCGAUACCGUGCCUCUUUCCCCUAACUUUCCCUAACAUCUGUGCUCUUCUGUAUGCCUGCCGCAUGUCAACGUAUCAUCCGGCUCUGUGUGCAAAUCUCCUACCUGCUCUUCCAUCUGGAAGGAACUCGGCUGCAAUCGGACUAGACGUAACAGACGCACGCUCUAAAGCAAGUGACAGGUCACCUGAUCAGGAAGAUAGCGUCAGUGUAGCGUGUCCCAGUUAAUAGUUUUUAAGUUUAGCAAAGUGCUAAACGAAGUGCAGUUUUAAUGAGGACGUGAUGAUGAUGCAGUUCUGUGUUUCAGAGAAACAUUCUUGGUUAUGUGGUUCCUAAAAAGGUCCAGGAAAAUUUUAGGUGUACCUAGACAAUGCGUUGUUGUUUUUUGUUUUUUUUACUGCACUGGAUUGUGUACGCGAUAUUUGUAAAUCGACCUGCAGGUCUGAACGUCACACUUUGCGCCAUCUUGUAUAGGAACAGAGGGUUAAACAAACAUUAACCUGCGCACACCUGACCUGGUUCUUCACUUCUACGCCGGCUGCUUUUGUGUUUGGAACAGACGAUAAUGUUUCAUGGGAACUUUUUUUAUUUUUUUUUUUUAUGAAUCCAUGUGCCAUACAACAUUUGCAAUACGAUACAUGGGUUGAACAAGGUCGAUCCAUCCAUCCAUCCAUCUUUUAUACCGCUUAUCCUUCCUUCAGGGUCACGUGGAAACCUGGAGCCUAUCCCAGGGAGCAACAAGGUCGUUUUAUUUAUUCAUUUAUUUAUUUAUUAAUUAUUAUAAUGAGUGAAUGUUAGAUAUAAAUAUAUUGUUUUUAGUGGCUUUAUUGUUUGCUUUUAUUCGCUCCAUUAGUUUUGUGUAUUGAUAAAAGAAACUUCCUGUAAACGUGUUUUUUUUAAAACAUAUUUCCCAUUCUUCCCAUUCCUUUGCCAAGCAAAAUGAAUGACCUUGACAUCCUACACAGUUGUUCGAUUAACAUUUUGGCCAAAAUGAAAUGCACACUCAUACCAGUGCUCAGUAUCUCUGCGCAUUUUUGUGUUGUUUGGGUUUUUUUUUCUUCCCCCAGCUACUUACUGACUCACCUGGUUCGACUCACCUGUAUUAAAAUGACUCUCUGCUUCCGGGGUCUUAACUGUAGGUCACCGCAGAAGGGGAACCUGAAACCCAUUCAUGUGGCAGCUCAACACAAUCCAUCCACCUGCCUCCUUUCUCUCCAGCGCUGAACAAACGCAAAAUAAACCGACAUGGAACUCAAACAAAUAAUAAUAAUAAUAAUAUUAAUAAUAAUUAUUAUCAUGACGUUGUCUUUAAACCGGAUAUUGCAUGCGUGUUACGGAGAUUUCUCUUUGUGUUUCAGCUUGAUGUGUGUCGUGUUCUCCAGAUAUGGAGCAGAAAAUGAGUGUUAAAAAAGAAAAAGAAAAAAAAUGUGAGUGUAUGAUUUCGGUGAUUUGUUGUGUAAGAUGUAUGAUGUGACUGAGUCUCUUGGGUCGUUGUGGCUCAGCUUCUAUAGAGUUUAUUCAAUGUCUGUAAAGUCUUCGGCCAAAUAUUUCCUCUCGAUACGAUUUAUUUUGAAGAGAGAAGAGUCGUGUAAAUUGUAGAGCGGUUUCGAAGCGGAUUCAGGUUCGGAUCCGGCUGUACUGAAAUUAAAAAUGUCUAUAAGAACAAGCAUGUUUCUGGUGCUUUAUUUAUAUUAUUAUAUUAUUUGUAGCAAUGAACUGGAUGCUGAAAUGUACUUUUGUUUGUUUAGUUUAGUCGUUUUACAUAUUAGAGGAGAAAUAAAUGCUGAAUGCGUAAGGAAUUCAUAGGAAAAUAAUCCACAAGAGAAUGGUGUGAUGAAGCAGUUACAGUUACCGGUCUGAAAUGUUGAUAGUUUUCCCAUAAUGGCACAACUCGAAGUGUUUUAUUCCUCUUACACCACAGCAAUUUGCCAAUGGCAACAUUUUUUAUUCGUUAAAGAGCAACACGUCGUUCGUUUUAUUCUGUUUGAGUUGCAUUCGAUGUUGUGGAACGUCCUUGAAACGGUCCUGUUAUCACUUACGUUAUAGCAGCUAUAAAGAUUCGUUCCCUCACCAGCCUGUCUUUCUUUCUUCUCUUUUAUAACAAACGCACCUGUUAUGGUUUUGAAAGGUGCCUAAUUUUGUUUUAAAGCUCUCAUACGAUAGAUUUACAUGCAUCCAAGGUCAAAAAACACUUUAGCGUGCUCAUAAUUUAAACUGCAGCGUUACCUUUUUCCCCCCGGUGUCACAAAAUGACUCGUUAAAUGAUCCAUUCUAAAGGAUUUCUUCUAAACUCUUCCUUUCAGACAGCAUACUCUGCUCUGAUUGGUCAGAUGUCCCAGUCUGUUGUGAUCGGUAUAGCGCUGUCAGCCAGCGGCCGAUGAAGACCAGAGGCGGGGCUUUUUGUUACAAACCUACAUAGGUUAGUACAGGAAGUAAGUCUGGAAUCACUAACGACUCGUUUCAGCUGUUCAGAAUCGAUUCCUUCUUAUUUAGGGAGUCCGUUUGACGUGCGCUUUGAUUUUUGAAACUUUGCAGACGUUUUUACAUUCACAAACAGUUCUAUAACACACUACAUGAAAGGUAAUAUUUGAAAAACCAUGAUAGGUGCACUUUAAAGCUGAGAAGCCCAAAGCUUGUCAUGUUACCAAGAAAGUUACAGCACUGACACUAGAGGCACCUUCCAAAAAUGCUAGAAGCAUCUGCCAUACAAGUCCAUGUGCUAUAGUUGUUACUAUAGCAACGAUAAAGUAUUCGAACAAGCACAUUAGCAUAAACAUGAGAUUUCAAUUACAACUGGAACUACUGACAGAGCCGCUGUUAUAGAAAAACGUACAGAGCUGUGCUGUAAUUUAAUAUAAGACAUGAAAAAUAUCAUAAUGUUGUUAUUAUUGGAGCAGCUGAAUAAUAAGUGUGCGGUUUAGUGGAUUUGAACUCACAAUCUUGCAGUCAGGGCAUCUGAUACUUACCUGAUGAACCAUCUUAGCCAGGUAUGUGAUGAGGAAUCAUAAUCAUGCAUGAACAUAGGGGGUCAGAAGAGGCUUCAUUAUGGCUCAGAGGAGCUCUGUUGCUUAUUUGGCCUUUAUCAGCACUUUUUUCCAUUUGGGUCUCAGAAUCCAGACACGCAAACCUCCGAGCAAGGUUAUAGACAUUAAAUUCUAAUGUGUUUAUUCUUUAAAUUUUAACAGCCUGCUGGAUCAUCGUGGCACGA